AUGAAACGACGAAAGAAAGCGGUAGUUUGCCAAGGAUUUGCUUUAUUUACCUUUAAGGCUGGUCGAGCAACCUACGCGGAUCCAGCCACUGGCCUUCGGGUCCUCACCAAAGAUGCUCCCUUGCAGAGAGGAAGAUGCUGUGGUUCGACCUUUAGACACUGUCCAUUCGGUCAAAUCAACGUUAAAGAACCUACCAAAAAGAAGCGAUUCAACUCUUUUUUCUAUACUUGACAACAAUCGCAACUGUGCCCUCUUAUCCUGAUUUUACCCUGUAAAAAGCCUA